UGCUGCUGCUGCUGCUGCUGCUGCUUCAUCCUCCUCCUCCCCGUUCAGAAAUUGAACAAUCGUCCUGAUCUGAUCUCGAUCCGCUCUCUGUCGAUCGUGAAGCAGAAAAUGCACAUGGCGGUGAAAUGUCGAUGAACGAGCUUCUUUCCUUCUUUGAAGUAGCUGUCUGUUUCUCGUAGUUUCUUCAGGAAUUGUAUAGAACAUCGACCACAAGUUCAGAUAAUUGAAGGGAAAGAAAAUGAACUCUACAACUUCAGAGCACUUAUAGAUUAUAGUUCACCAUGAGUCAGAUCACCAGAUCCAGAAACUGGCAUCAGUGCAAAACCCUUGCCCCUCCCUUAUCUGCAUGAACUUGAUGGCCCGUGUUCCUCUCACUCAUCUGUGAAAAUGAUUGGUACGCGCUCAAUUCUCGUGUUGUCCGCUCUGCUUCGUGUGGUCCUGAUCGUGUAUGGUGAAUGGCAAGACAAGCACAUGGAGGUCCGAUACACUGAUGUGGACUAUUCUGUGUUCUCCGAUGCUGCCGAUUUAAUGGCGUCAGGGAAGUCUCCCUACGGGAGGACCACAUACCGCUAUUCACCUCUGCUCGCUUUUCUGCUUCUGCCCAACACAUUCAUCCACCACUCGUGGGGAAAGUUCCUCUUUUCAUCGGCCGAUUUACUCGUGGGUGUAUUCAUUCGCACCAUUCUUAAACAACGGUGGGUGCCUGAGAAGACUUGUACCUACUGCGUUAUGAUAUGGCUUUUCAAUCCGUUUACAUUCACCAUUGGAACCCGUGGCAACUGCGAGCCCAUUGUCUGUGCCACCAUUUUGUGGGUCAUUAUAUGUCUUAUUAAUGGUAAUGUGGUGCAAGCUGCAGUUUGGUAUGGACUCGUGGUCCAUUUCAGAAUCUACCCUAUCAUAUAUGCACUUCCCAUUGUACUAGUUCUUGAUCCACAAUUUUUUGGGUCGGGUCAGAAACCUUGUAUUAGGAGCUGGAGUAUAGGACAGCGUGAGAAACCACAUUUCAACGUAUCACAGAAUAAACUCAAUCCAUGGGUUGCUCUGAAGAGUAUAUUUUCAAUGGAGAGAAUCAUAUUUGGGCUUGUCUCUGGGGCGGUUUUUCUCUUCUGCACUGGUUUGAGCUUCUAUUUAUACAAGUACGAGUUCCUGCACGAGGCACUUCUUUACCAUCUUACUCGUACGGACCCAAGACAUAAUUUUUCAUUAUAUUUUUAUCACAUAUAUCUCCAUUACGAGCGUGAGUUCUCGGUUGUGGAAAAGCUCAUCUCGUUCCUUCCUCAGUUCACUGUUCAGCUGGUUCUAGUCUUCUGCUUUGCCUGGGAUUUGCCAUUUUGCUUCUUUCUGCAGACAGUGGCCUUUGUAGCAUUUAAUAAGGUAAUUACAGCGCAAUACUUUGUAUGGUUCUUCUGCUUGCUGCCUUUGAUACUGCCUUGGAGUAAAAUGCGACUCAAAUGGGAGGGUUUGUGCUGCAUUAUCUUGUGGAUGGGAGCUCAGACCCAUUGGUUGAUGUGGGGUUACCUGCUAGAGUUCAGGGGCAAGAAUGUCUUUCUACAACUAUGGAUCGCAAGCUUAGUUUUCCUCGCUGCCAACAGCCUUAUUCUAGUCAUGAUUAUCCGCCGGCAUUCAUACUCUCCUUUGUUCGAAUUGAGAAAAAGUUCUCAGCGGGCACUGAAAAGAGAUUGAUUGGGGACUGGUUACGAUAAGUGCUCCAUACCUCCAUUCACGAUUUUUCUAAUUUGCCAAGAAAUUUUGUUAGUGUAGCUUGGGUUCUUAGGUCCACAUGAUGAUUCUGUUUGCUGCCUCUCUCGCUUCUGAUUUUGGUUGGUCGAAGAUUUUGAUUAGGAGUGAUGCUCUUCUAGAUGCUAUUUGCAAUCCCAGCAACUCUUCUGUGUUUUAGUCGCUUUUCGGGUUGGCAUUGUUCUUGGAUAUCUUGUUCUAACAACCUUCAUGCUCUUCAGCUAAGCCAAGUUGGUGUGAUGUCUAAUUUUGUUUCUCCAAUGGUGUACGAAGGUGUCCCUUGUAGAGAUGCCCCUUGUGCUUAUCAAUGAAUAUAUAUAUAUUCGUCGAAUGAAUUUCAUAUUA